AUGUUCAUGUAUAGCGGUAUCCUGCUCGCACUCCGGAGCGGCUUGCGUGCGUCCAAUCUGAAGAUCGCUGACGUCGUCUCCGUGCUUGCUACUCAACAUCAUCGUCAUCGUCAACUUGCUGUCAGGUCCAAUUCCUGCCGGUGGCGCCCUCACUCGUGUCCGUGGAUUCUUCUAAUAGCACCAAAGUGCUCAUCAGACCUCGCUUUAAUACAGCAUAAUAUCUGGAUGGCGGCCAAGCAACAUUCCUUGACGGUGGCGCCCUCGCUCGCUUGUGCGGGCUCGCGUGGAAGCUGCUCGCUCCUGCCCCUCACUCUGCGGCGGCACAUGGAUGUCGCGGUCAAGUGUAUGUGUACUGUGAAGGUGCCGUGUGGUGCCGGCAUCAGAAUAGAAUAA